UCCAACAGCUAAAGCAGAAACAACAACAAGGAUUUCUUCAACAAACACAGCAGAACCUACAAGGUUAUCACAAGCAAUGGCAGAAUUCAACACCACAACUCAUGCUCCAACAACUACAGCGGAAACUACAACAAUGAUUUAUCCAACAACUACAGCAGAAACUACAACAAUGACUUCUCCCACAUCCACAGCAGAAAGUACACCAUUAUCUCAAACAAAGGCAGAACUCACAACCUCAACUCAUGCUCCAACAACUGCAGCAGAAAUGACAACAAUGUUUUCUACAGUCACCACCACAGAUACAAUGAUUUAUCCAACACCUACAGUAGAAACUACAACAAUGAUUUCUCCAACAACUACAGUAGAAGCUACAACAACCCCAACAUCUAAAGCACAAGGUAUAACAGCAUACUCUCCAAUAACAGCAACACAAGCUACAACAACAUCUUCCCCAACAGAUAUGGCACAGGCCAAAACAACAUUCUCUCCAACAACAGUGGAACUGACAACCACAAAUGGUUCUCUAACAAUGACAGUAGAAUCCACAACAACUUAUUCUCUGAACACUCUAGCAAAAGAUACAACUAUAUACUCCCAAUCAACUACAUCAGAAGCUACAGCAACAAAUUCUCCAACAGCUAAAGUAGGAGUGACAACAACCUAUUCUUCAACAACUACAGCACAAGCUACAAAACCCUAUUCUCCAACAACUAUAGCACUAGAUACAACAACAUAUUCUCAAUCAGCAGUACAAAUGAUGACUACAACUGGUUCUCCAACAACUCUACCAGAAGCUCCAACUUAUUCUCCCAGAACUACAUCAGAAGGUACAACAUCGUAUUCUUCAACAGUGGUAGAACUGACAACCACAACUGAUUCUCCAACAAUGACAGCAGAAGCUACAGCCACAUAUUCCUCAACAACUACAUCUCAAGCUACAUUAACACAUCCUCCACCAACAUUAAAAGUGAAGACCACAACUGAUUCUCCAACAACGACAGAAAAAGCUGCAACAACUAACUCUUCAACAACUACAGCACAAGGUACAACAACCUAUUCUUCAGCAACUACAGUAGAAGCUACAACAACAAACUCUCCAAUUACUACAUCAACAGAUACAACAAUAAUCUCUGCAAAACCAACAUCUGCAGCUCACACCACAAAACUUGCAACAAACACAGAGAUAUCUGCAGCUACAGGAACAACAACCACUUCACUUUCUCCAACUGCAGGAGUGACCCCAACUAGUUCUGCAACGACAAGUCCAGCUCCUACUUCUACAAUCACAUCAAGUUCGUUAUCAACCCCAUUUGUGGUUUCCAUUGCCACAACAGAGGCAACGUCUUCAACUGCAACUACAAUGCCCCAAAUGACUACAACCAAUUCUCCAAUAAGUGCAUUUACAGGUGGCUCAACAGCCCUCACUACCAUGAACACAUUGACUGUGUCCACUAUUACAAAGACGGGUCUUACUUCUCAGGAAACUGCAUCCACCACUUUGGAAACAACCACAAAGGCUGUCAUGGUGACAAUGGCAACAGAAACAACCAUUUCAAAUUCUCCCUCCAUGGCAGCUACAAUUCCCAGCAUGACACCACCUCUGAAAGCAAUAACUGAAGCCCCUCUCUCAAAUAGAACUGCACUGCCCACCAACAUGGCAUUAACAACCUCUCAAACAACUCCAACAGCAGAUUCUGCUACCUCAACCACAGCAGCUUCUCCAGCAUCCUCACCUAUUGUUUUUCAAACAACCACGCUGACAACUUCUCCAGAAUCUCUAACCGCAGUUCUGACAACCACAAUGAAUUCAGCAACUGCAGUUGUGACCUCCACUACUAAUUAUACAACAGCAACAGGUCUAGAUGCCACAACAUCAGCCCCCAAGAACAGCUAUACAACAAAUUCCCAAGCAAAACCAACUUCAGUGUCCACUGCACAGACUCAUACAUUUACAGCUCCAACUACUGCCAAGAGUUCACAAACUGGAACUGCAACAAACAUUGCUACAAUGUCUCCUACACCUACAACUGUAGCCCCCUAUACGACAACAAAGUCUUCAACAGCUAAAUCCACCACUGAUACAGCACUGGCUGAAACAAGAAGCCCUUCUACGAUAAUUGGGUUGGUGCGUAUCUUCAUCCGGCUAGUGUUCAUCACCAAGCAACCAGCCCCCAGCGAGAGCGCAAUUCUGAAUACAGCCAGCUUCCUCUUCGAUGCUCGAGUCAGAGCUCAGCUAUCUGACCCUGUGAGGGUUCAGAAUCUGACCUAUGAGAAAAUCACAGAAAAUUCCUUUGCCUUAACGCUGGGCUUCCAGAUCAGCAACGUCAGCAUAUCCCAACGCAUCGAAGUGAGGAACAGCACCUACAACCAGAUCCAAGACCAGAUCAAUGACCUGCUGAACAAAAUUCUGAACAAUCCAGGGGCCAGUCCUUUUGUCUUUCCACAAGCAAACUUCAGUCUCACCAAUAAUGUGAUUCAGGCCAACUGCACAUACGUCUUCCAGGAAAAUGACAUCAACCAACCCAGCAGCUUCUUGGCGGAAAUCCUGAAAAUUAGCAGCCUAACAGACACCACCACUUCCACUACUGCCACCACCACCACUACCACUACCACCACCAUGUUCCGCCCUACCCUGCUCCUGACCACAUCCCUGGGAGGGAACACCAGUGCUGCAGGGGGAGGCCGUUUCCCUGGGUGGGCUCUAGCCAUCAUCAUCCCAUGUGGGAUCGCCAUCAUACUUAUUCCUCUCUGGAUCCUCCUGUGUUGCAUGCUGUGA